UCAGUGAAGAUGGCGGUGUGGAUGCUGUUCAGAUUGGAUCAGAUCUCUCCGCACAUUUAGACCGGAUCAAAUCAAAGCACUGGUCUGCUGUGGAUUAAUAUCGUGUGUAUAUUUGUCAGUUCGGUUAUGGACUGUUUGGAGGUUUUGUCCGGGUUUUUCUCAGCUCGGCUCUGUUGGACUCUUCUCAUGUGAAUGUUUUAUUCGGUUAGCUGUGCGGAGCGGCUAGCGCUUUCUCCUCCGCUUUAAACCUUUCAAACUCUCUUAAAAUGUCGGAUACGAAAGUUAAAGUGGCGGUUCGAGUUCGACCCAUGAACCGUAGAGAGAUUGAACUCAACACAAAAUGUGUAGUUGAGAUGGAGGACAACCAGACCGUUCUGCACCCACCGCCCUCCAAUGCAAAAACUGAAAACAGAAAACAGCCAAAGGUGUUUGCCUUCGAUCAUUGUUUUUGGUCUGUGGAUGAGUCGAACGUCCUGAAGCAUGCCGGUCAGGAGGUUGUGUUCAAGUGCCUUGGGGAGGGAAUCCUGGAAAACGCUUUUCAAGGAUACAAUGCCUGCAUUUUUGCCUAUGGACAAACAGGCUCGGGGAAAUCCUUCUCCAUGAUGGGGAGCAGCGACCAGCCAGGACUCAUCCCUCGUCUCUGCUGUUCUCUGUUUGAAAGAGUCUCCAGGGACCAGAAUCAGGCUCAUACCUUUAAAGUCGAGGUCUCGUACAUGGAGAUCUACAAUGAAAAAGUCAGAGAUCUGCUGGAUCCCAAAGGGAGCAGACAGUCUCUGAAGGUACGAGAACAUAAAGUCCUGGGUCCGUAUGUGGACGGUCUGUCUCAGCUGGCUGUGACAAGCUUUGAGGACAUUGAAUCUCUGAUGUCAGAGGGAAAUAAAUCACGCACAGUAGCCGCUACAAACAUGAACGAGGAGAGCAGUCGAUCGCAUGCGGUCUUCAGCGUUAUCGUCACACAGACUCUCUAUGAUCUGCAGUCUGGGAACUCCGGUGAGAAGGUGAGUAAGAUCAGUCUGGUGGAUCUGGCCGGUAGUGAGCGUGUGUCAAAGACUGGAGCUGCAGGAGAAAGACUGAAGGAGGGAAGCAACAUUAACAAGUCACUCACUACACUGGGUUGUGUCAUCUCUGCUUUGGCUGAUCAAUCUGCAGGGAAAGCCAAGAACAAGUUUGUGCCAUACCGAGACUCCGUACUGACGUGGCUGCUUAAGGACAAUCUUGGUGGCAACAGUAAAACAGCUAUGAUAGCCACUGUCAGCCCGUCCGCCGAUAACUACGAAGAGACGCUGUCUACGCUGCGAUACGCCGACCGAGCAAAGAGAAUCGUCAAUCACGCUGUGGUCAAUGAAGACCCCAAUGCUCGCAUCAUCAGAGAACUGAGAGAAGAGGUAGAGAAACUGAAAGUCCAGCUCUCUCAGGCGGCGUCUCUUAAAGCUCCAGAGCUACAGGAGAAACUUCAGGAGUCAGAGAAACUCAUUCAAGAGAUGACGGUCACCUGGGAGGAGAAACUCAGGAAGACUGAGGAGAUUGCACAGGAGCGUCAGAAGCAGUUGGAGAGUAUGGGCAUCUCUCUGGAAUCAUCAGGGAUCAAAGUUGGAGAAGACAAGUGUUUCCUGGUUAACCUGAAUGCUGAUCCUGCUCUUAAUGAACUGCUGGUUUAUUAUCUGAAGGAUCAUACGCGUGUGGGUUCAGACACAUCUCAGGACAUUCAGCUCUUCGGUAUUGGGAUUCAAUCUGAGCAUUCAGUGCUUGAGAUCUCUGCUGAUGGAGACGUCACUUUAACACCAGUAGACAACGCCAGAACUUGUGUGAACGGCACAAUGAUCAACUCCAGGGUUCAUCUGUGGCAUGGCGAUCGAAUCCUGUGGGGAAACAACCACUUCUUCAGAAUCAAUCUGCCCAAACGUAAGAGACGUCUGAAGGAGAUGGAGAGAGAUUCUCCUCGCGAGAGCUUCAUAGAAGUGGAUGUGGAGACGGCCAGCGAGGCUUCAUCUGAGCAGGACUACAGCUAUGAGUUUGCACAGAUGGAGGUCAUGAUGAAAACUCUCGGUACCAACGACCCCAUGCAGAAUGUAGUGCAGGUUUUGGAGAAGCAGUAUCUGGAGGAGAAGCGUUUGGCUCUGGAGGAACAGCGAAUGAUGUACGAGCGUGAGCUGCAUUCACUGCGACAGCAGCUGUCACCUGAGAAGAUCACACAGCAUCAGCGCAGCGGCAGCGACCGUCUGCCUCUCCAUACACAAUCCACACAUAAUCCAGUCAGACUGUGGACGGAUGAGAGGGAUGAACUCUUUCGUCAGAGUUUGUCUCGACUGCGCGAGCAGGUGGUGAGAGCCAACGCUUUAGUACGAGAGGCCAAUUUUCUCUCAGAUGAGAUGAAGAAACUCACCGACUAUCAGGUCACACUGCAGAUACCCGCUGCCAACCUCAGUGCCAACCGCAAGCGUGGAGCGAUUGUGAGUGAGCCGGCUAUCCAGGUGCGACGUAAAGGAAAGGGAACACAAGUGUGGACCAUUGAGAAAUUAGAGAACAAAUUAGUGGACAUGAGAGAACACUACAGAGACUGGAAAGAGGACACACAGGACACGGUUAACAGGUUGCAGAAUAAGGCGGGAGAUCCGUUCUAUGAAGCUCAGGAGAAUCACAACCUCAUCGGUGUAGCUAAUGUCUUUCUGGAGUGUCUCUUUCAUGAUGUCAAGCUGCAGUAUGCCGUUCCCAUCAUCAGCCAGCAGGGGGAGGUCGCAGGUCGUCUGCACGUGGAGUUGCUGCGUGUGAGCGGAGUCGUACCCGAGCGUCUGACGUGCGGAGACGAUUCUUCUGAAAACUCCAGUGAGAGCGGAGGCUAUGAUGUCAUGGACAAUAAUGGAGAGAUUGUUCAUAUGGCCAAGAAGCUCACAUGCAGGGUGCGGAUCAGAGAGGCGACGGGUUUGCCGCUAAACUUGUCCAACUUUGUGUUCUGUCAAUACACUUUCUGGGAGCAACCAGAUCCCACGGUGGCCCCACCCAUGGUCAGCCCGGACACGCCCUCCUCACCAACCCCUGAUGCCGAAUUCACUGUGCGCUUUGACCACUGCAGGGAUUUUGUGGUUUACGUGACAGAAGAGUUUCUGGAGUUUAUCUCUGAAGGUGCUCUGUCCAUUGAGGUUUGGGGUCACAGGUACGCAGGGAACGGUCGAUCUGUAUGGGAACCAGAUGCCCUGCAGGCCAAGACACGGACACUUAGAGACAGGUGGAGUGAAGUGUCUCGCAGUGUUGAAAUGUGGGUUACUAUACAAGAACUGAACGAACAGGGCGAGUAUUCGUCUGUCGAAGUGCACCAGAACAAAGACGUCAGCACUGGAGGCGUGUUUCAGCUGCGACAGGGUCACUCUCGAAGGCUUCAGGUCUCUGUUAAACCCGUGCAGUAUUCUGGUACUUUACCUCUGCUGGUGGAUGCCGUUCUCUCUCUCUCGAUUGGUUGUGUAUCUGUUCGAUCCACUAAACUACAGAGACCUCUGGACAGUUAUCAGAAAGAGGAAGAGGAGGAUUUUGAUAGUUAUCAGGAGGAAGAUCUGAACUGUGUACGGGAACGCUGGUCUGAAGCUCUUAUCAAACGCCGGGAAUAUCUGGAGGAACAGAUCAAGAAAGUCAUCAACAAACCAGAGAAAUCUGAGGAAGAUGUGGAACGAGAAGCCAGACUGGUGGAGCAGUGGGUGGGUCUGACGGAGGAGAGGAACGCUGUGUUGGUUCCAGCACCUGGCAGUGGAAUACCUGGAGCUCCUGCACACUGGGUUCCUCCUGCUGGUAUGGAGGAGCAUAUACCUGUACUGUUCCUGGACCUGAACGCUGAUAAUCUGAGUGUGAAUGGACAGUUGAUCGGACCUCACGCCGCUGGAGUCAACUCCAUUCUCCCUAAAGAACAUGGCAGUCCGUUCUUCUACCUGCCCAUUAUCAGACACAGCCAUGAUGAGGUGUCAGCUGUAUGUUCCUGGGAUUCGUCCAUCCAUGACUCCGUUCAUCUGAAUCGAAUCACGGCGCCCAAUGAGCGGAUCUACCUGAUAGUAAAAGCCACAGUUCAGCUCAGUCUCCCGGCCUCGAUGGAGUUGAUCCUGAGAAAGAGAAUCGCUGUCAACGUCUAUAACAGACAGAGUUUUACUCAGAGUCUGAAGAGAAGGAUGUCUUUGAAGAACGUGAUGUACUCAUGUGGAGUCACAUAUGAGAUUGUGUCUAACAUACCAAAGGCGUCUGAGGAACCCGAGGAACGUGAGACUUUGGCUUUGAUGGCAGCUCGAGGAGAGACUGAAGAGACUUUGGAUGGAGAGACGUACAUUGAGAAAUACACCAGAGGAGUUCUGGAGGUGGAGAACAUUCUGUGUCUGGAGAGACUCAGACAGGCGGUCACUGUAAAGGAAGCCCUCUCGGUUAAAAACAGACACAUUCGCAGAAGUCUCAGCACUCCAAACGUACAGCACAAAUCAGACGUGACCGGAUGUGAGGAAGAUGACAUCAGGGUUAGUAAACACACAGUUAAACAUCCCGACAGAUUAACAGACGUCCACACUGAGUGUUAUUUUACACAGGGCCACAGUGAUCCUCACACAGACGUCUCUGAAUCCAGCGUACUGGAGACUUCACACAACAACAACAACCUCACAAAAGACACAACGCUCAGAAGCAGAGAGAAUCAUGGGUCGGUACCAGAGAGUCCAACCAUCUUCAACUCCAGUCCAUUUAAAGUUCUGUCACCUCAACCACCCAAAUUUCUUAAAUCCCUCAUGCCAGUGAAGGAGGAGAAUAAAACCAAACGUUCACUGGAGUCACGACCGCUUCUGGGCCUGGAGAGCAUGCGCUGGCUUGUGGAAAGCAAUGUGCAUGGUCCCACCCGCCCCUGGUCCAGACCCAGGGCCCAGAGCGAGGGUCACGGCGGCAGUGACAUCAGCAAUGACAUCAUCAGCGUCAGGGCCAAUCACAGAAAGCCCAGACUCAGCACAGAUCUCACAUACACACUGCCACACGCUGCUGAUUCAGAGGAGGAGGAGCCUGAUGCAGAAUCAGCCUUCAGUAUUCCAGACCCCAGUUUCAAGCCUUACGUUCCAGAGGAUUUCGCAAACUUCGAGGUGUACAAUGCCAGUCUGGAGGCAUCCGUGUGCGCGUCAGGUGUCGGGCCGCGAGCCGCAGAGAAAGACGUGUCCAAAAGUCCCACGGCCAGCAGCUGUACCAGCGGCUACUUCUCUCAUAGCGCAUCGACCGCCACGCUGUCCGACGUCCUCUUCGCUGCCAGUGACAGCUGUGACCAGCUCAGCACAAGAGAAACCUCUGAGCCUCAGGAACAAAGAGGAUUCGUAUCUACUAAAAGUGCUGAAACGGGUCACGCGCCAGUGUCCGGUCCACCACAGACCGUCCCCUGCACCAAGCGAGACUGCUCUUCCUUGCUUCCUCGUAAAUGCAUUCUGAGCGUCAGUCAAGAAUUCACAGAUUUUAAGGGUGCAGAUGAUGCUGUCAUAGUGGAAGAUCUCCGUUGUUUCCAGACAGGUUGUUCAGACUCGACCAAAACACCAGACAUGGACGUUAGUCACAGUGUCUGUCCCACUCUUCCACAAGCCCAGUGUCGUCUCAUCAAUGGAGAAGAGCCUCACAGUGCUCCUCUAUCUGACACAGAACUGAAUGGUGAAGAACUGGAGGAUUUGGAGGAUGCAGAUUCUUUUGUGGAUGAGAACGCACCUGCGGUUCAGUUGCCGGACUGGAUGGCACCCGGCGAGCAGGUUUGGGUGGGCAGGUGGAGCGGGACGGUGCAUUACGUCGGAGGGGUGGAGUUUUCCAAAGGCAUCUGGGUUGGAGUGGAACUGGACCAUGCUGUCGGCAAACACAAUGGCACGGUCCAGGGCAGAGUUUAUUUCCGCUGUGCCACGGGUCACGGCAUCUUCGUAAAGCCAGCUCGUCUCACCAGAGGACCUUCGUCCACAGACGCCAAACAUCAAGCUGUGUGCCACUAGUCACAGAAUACUGACCUAAAGGUGAAACGUGUCAUUUCUGUACCAUUAACAACUCCAAACACAUUUACAAAACUCCAUCUUGCCAGAAAUUCAGUGUUAUUAUCAGAUGAAUAAAUGGCGGUUUGAUUUAUUGCUGCGUAUGGUGUAGAAAUGAAACCCUUUACCUUUAAGAACAGGUGGAUGACAUCUUUACCAGCCUGGACAUUAUGAGUGCUAACAUCAUCUAUACAUCUGUUUCCAUACGACUGAUAUCUGUAUACGUGUUGACCGAUUUGCCUCAUUUUGUGGCAAUAAUAUGUGUGUGUGCAUGUGCGUGUGGGUGCGUAUGUGUGUGUUAUAGGCUUAUUUUAAUGUCAUCUUUGAAUGUCAAAAGUUGCACAGUUGCACAAACCUUUUAUAUCAUGUUAGCUUUGAUAUAGCUGAAAUACUAACUUCAAGUAAACUUGCAUCUUGGUUAAUUGACCACUUUUAUACAUGACUAAGUUUAUUAAUCAAACUAUGCCUAACGUUCGAGUAGUUUAAGUGAGGUUAAGAUGUCUGUUGGAGGUAAGAAUGUACUACUGUUUGUUUGCGUGCUGAUAUCAGGUAUUACCAAAGACAGCCUUUUAAAUCUGCUGUGCAAACCUCAAAGAUAUCUUCUCAUCUUUUCUAGAUUACUUUGCCAAUAUGCAUGUGAUUCCUGUGUACUUUAAUGUUUGUUUAACAGAUUGAUGCUAAUAUGCUAAGUGCCAUAUUUCUUCUGGACACCACGUAUCCAUCAGAACUUUAAAAUGAUGGUGGAUUGUUUUAUGUUUUGCUGUUUUUUUUAAUGGACGGCAGGUCUCUUGUUGUUGAGUACUGUCACUGUGUAAGGACUGAUAAUAUUAUUAAUAUCAGAGGUUUAAACGCUUGCACUGGAGGAACUGAAUCCUGGAUGUACACGAUGCACAAACGUUGGAGUAAUCUCACAGACGCAUGUGACUUUUUUCACCAGACAAAAUUGUGUAUAGUGUGGACACCCAAUAAUGCAGAAAGCACCUUGUUUUCUUUACUAUACCCUUGACUGACAAAAAAAUAGAGAUUUAUAUCUAUGAUCUGCUUUGUGCCUAUCAGCCAGAAGUACUGACACAAGCCCUGUUUGAGGAUGGGGUCUUUUUAAAUAAUUUACCCAACUAAUAAUGAAGCUUCAAGCAUUUAAAUCAGUGUGUGUUUGACUGUCGAGUUUUAUAGUUUGUGAUACUAAGUAAAGGUUUUAUUUAGGUAAACAUGGGAUGAGAUAUAGCCUAAUGAAAGCGCUUAGUGCCAUGAGCAGAUUGGAUUUUAUUAUGAUUCAGAACUCUGGAUUUUAAGUGAAUAUUGAUGCUGUUAUGGAGACCCCAAGACCUUAAAAAAGUAAAAGCAAAGCUGCUCUCCUUGUCAAGGAGCUGUACAUAACAUGUAUGAACAUAGUAUUUACAUUAUAAUAAUGUACAGAGUUGUAUUUAUAUUCUACCUGCAGACUGUUGGUACAAAGAUGUUGUAGAAUACAGAACGUUUACAAUUUAA